AGUAUGAAAUCGAUUAUCGAAAUUACUGCAAGAGUCAAACUUGUUUGUCAACAUUAUAGUUCCAUACAUCAACCCUCACAUUUUGAAACAUUCAACGGCCAUUGAAUACCUGCCGAGCUAGACUGCAAUUGACUGAUUUUAUGAAUCCAAACUCUACUUUUGAUAUUCAACCAGCAGCACAUCGUCAUUUUUCUGACUAGGUACGUGGCUCAAAACACGAUAAUUUAAUAAACUACUUACCCCAGGGACUUGAAAUUUAGAUUUUCCGAUUGUCGUAAAUGCAUCACGAGAGCAUGUACGCGUCACGAGGUGAACACAUUCAUUCCGGUGCGGCCGUGAAUGUCUGACCAAGUUGAAUUGCUUUGAUCAGAGUUCAUUCGCUUUGACCAAAGGCUGCCGACUGAGUCCCCCCCCCAACCCUCUUUUUUGCUGCUCCACUUUUUGUCUCUGACUUCUUUCACUCACUGUCUAUCUUGGAUUGACGACGCAUUGUGGUGGACGUUGACUCAGACAUUGACGAAUCAGACGUGGACUUUGAUCCCUGUGUUGAGGAUCAAACUUUUUUUUUUUUAUCCUUGUGGUGUGGAUCAGACCUUGACUUGAUCCCUGGUAUCUGGAUCAGACCUUGACUUGAUCCUUGCCUGGAUCGGACCUUGACUUGAUCCCUUGCGGUGCGGGAUCUGAUGAAAAAAAAAACCCUGCCUUGGGAUUGGCAUUGAAAUAUAACCCUGUUGUGGGCUGUGCAUUCAAAAUAUAACCUGUUGUGGGCUGUGCAUUGAAAUAUAGCUUCUUGGACCUGGGCCUAACUGUGAAAUAUUACUACCUCUUGUGCGAGAUCCAAUUGACAAAAGUGCAAGACACGAGCCAUGCCGCGCAAAAGCAAGAAGGCGCAAGCUGUCAAGAUAAGCUGGCAACAACGUAAAAAAAACACUGACUGUGGAAGUGCAGAUAAACCAACACCCGCUGAAGAAUUGCUGGCCAUUGAACCUGGAAACUCUACGGAGGUAAUGAUGUCUACAUCUCAUGAUCCUGUAACAUGUGUUUUGGCAUCCUACAGUCAAGAUCAUCCAAAGUAUGCUGAUUCCAGAAACAGUCAGUGUGCUGCAAACUCUGCUACAUUUCUAGCUUUCCUGCAGGAGACAGACAAUGUGACAAGUGCUCACCUGGACCUUGUUCUCGAUCGAGGCAAUGAGCUCUAUGUGGCUACUGUGGCUGUGCUGAAAGCAGAAGGACGAUACGAACAUCCUCAUUUGGCAACCGAUGAAAUUCCAUCCAUUGUGAAUGGCUUUCACAAACAACAUGUGUUAAUAAAGUAUCAGUCAAUGUAUGGUCUUUUCAAUUCCUCUAUUGCUGAUGUGGCAUUUAUGAUGCUCUGUGACGGACUUCAGUGCCUGGUGUCAGAGGUAAAUUAUGCUCUUUUGGUUAUGAAUUCAUUGUUUAUUGCUGUUUUCCGAAACCAACAAGGGAGAUAUGGCUAUUUUGAUCCACACGCCAGAGAACGUGAUGGUCUCCCUCCGCCCUCCGGUGCACCACAUGGUACAGCUGUCAUGAUGCUUUUUACAUGUUUGAACGAUCUGAUAGAUAAGCUCAUACAGGUGUUCACUCUGGCUGGUGCCGCUCCCACUACUCAAUAUGAAUUGAUGCCGGUAAGUUUUCAACCUAUUGACAAUGCAAGUGACCGUGAAAUGGCGACUGAUGCAGAAGCUUCUCCAAUGACAACACACAAUGAUGACGCUAUGUUAAGCCAGUCUGCUGCUGAGAUGACACACAACAGUAAGGUGGUAUGUACACAACAACAAAAAACACGAGAUGUGUUGAAAAUUGCGAGAUCCAAAAGGAGAACAUUUGCAAGACGAACUCAAGCCCACAACAUAAUUGACAAAGCUAUGGCGAGAGUCACAAAACAAGAAACAAGGCGAAUAAACGCAAACCUGAAAAAGAAGGAACGUUACAGCCAAACUCCAGAGAUUAGACAACGUAAAAAGUCUUACAUAGUGACUCGCUACCAGCAAGAUCCUAAUUUCCGUGUAAAACAAAAGUCGUUUGCAGUCGACCGCUAUUGCAAACAUGACACAAUUAAGAUGAAACAGCGUUCUUAUAGCAAACAGAAAUAUACUCAUGACGAUGAAUACCGAGCCAAAAAGUGCUAUUCUGUUAAACAGAAAUAUAGUCAUAAUGUUGAGUAUCGGACCAAAAAAUGUUCCUAUAUCAAUCAGCGAUAUGGUCAUGACGAUCAAUUUCGGAACAAACAACGUUCCUAUAUCAAUCAGAGAUAUGGUCAUGACGAACAAUUUCGGAACAAACAACGUUCCUAUAUCAAUCAGAGAUAUGGUCAUGACGACCAAUUUCGGAACAAACAACGUUCCUAUAUCAAUCAGAGAUAUGGUCAUGAGGACCAAUUUCGGAACAAACAACGUUCCUAUAUCAAGCAGAGAUAUAGUCAUGAUGAUCAGUUUCGGAACAAACAACGUUCCUAUAUCAAGCACAGAUAUGGUCAUGAUGAUGAAUUUAGGCGUAAACAACGUUCUUAUAUCAAAGACCGUUACGCACUUGAUCCUGCAUUCAGAUCCAAGCAGAAGGAGAACUCAAGUUUGCUUUGGAAAGCCAAACAUGAUUCAUCAAUGAAGGCAAAUGCUCAUCGCACUGCAAUGAAAGUACUACAAAAAUACAGAGUCAUUAACAGAUUAUGUAAAGAGAGAAACAAUUGCGCAAUCAUGAAAGCUGUUGCGCUAUUCAAAGUUCAGGUAAAAAAUGGACCGACUUUUGUUUGCACAGUUUGCCACAGAGCAUUAUUUCCCAAUCAAGUACGCCAGCUGACCAAAUAUAAGAAAAACAAGGACGUUGUUGCAAGUUGUCUCACACGAAGGUUUGUUCAUAUUUGUAAUCGUGAAUGUAACACAUGCUGCAAAGUACCGGAUGAGAGAAAAAUGGAGUGGAUAUGUCACACCUGCCAUGCACAUCUCAAAGAUGGUAAAAUGCCAGCACUUGCUGUAACUAACCAUCUCCAACUUGCAGACAUUCCCACUGAACUGUGUGAUCUGAAUAUUCUGGAAAGACAUCUCGUUUCAAAAUGCAUUUCAUUUGCCAAAAUCGUCCCUCUGCCAAAGGGUCAACAACGAGCCAUCCGUGGGAAUGUUGUGUGUGUACCAUCAGAAGUGGAAGAAACGGUCAAUGUCUUGCCCAGACUAAGAAUACAGAAACAUCACCAUUCGCGACGAUGCUGACCUUUGUGACCCGACGCUCACUGAUGAUGACAGCGGCUCUGAUGAAGACGAAAUGAACGAGAGUGACUACAAUGAGGAAGACCUCGAGGCAAUCCACGCAUUUGAGAGGGAUGCUCUCUGUGAAUUGAACAGUGACUCACAGAACGAUGCACGUGGUAAUGUGCAGCAACAACAGUGUGCUGAAAAUGUGGAAGAAGGUGAUGCACCAAAUGGUGGGGUUAUCCUGGAGUCAUGUCUCCAACCAAAUGAUGUGUCAGAGGAAAUUAUGAGUUUUACUCAAGGCAUUUACUGUGUGGCUCCUGCAGAAAGAAAUAACCCCGUAAGCUUUUUCAGGACUCCCAAACUUGAGGCCAUGGCAUUUCCAGUGCAAUUUCCAACUGGACAAAACACCCUCGAUGAAGAGAGACAAAUAAAAGUCACACCAAGCAAAUAUUUCAAAACACGUCUGUGUUGUGUGGAUGAACGUUUUGCCCGUGAUACAAACUACUUGUUCUUUGCUCAGUUUGUGACUGAAAUUUACCUGGCAACAUCAAGCAUGAGAAUCCAGCUACGCAAAGGUAAACCUUUUACCAGGGAUGGUCGGAGGAUAAACAAUGCUAUGCUGCAGGACAAACGUGAAGUUGAAAAACUGGUGCGCAGCAAGGAUGCAGUCCGUUUCAUGACGCCCCUGAGAGGCACGCCAGCCUAUUGGGAAAGAACCACCAAAGAUCUUUUUGCAAUGAUCCGACAGCUGGGUACACCCACAUUCUUUUGCACAUUUUCUGCUGCCGAAAUGCGUUGGGAAGAGGUUAUCACUGCCAUUAAAGCGCAACAAGGUGAGGUGGUGAAUUUUGCUGAACUUGACUGGGCCACGAAGUGUGAAAUUCUGCGCAGCAAUCCUGUGACGACAAUGCGCAUGUUUGACAAACGUGUGGAAGCUCUGUUCAGAGAUUUGAUCCUCUCUCCGGCACGACCGAUUGGUGAAGUCGUCGACUACUUUUACCGAUUGGAGUUUCAGCACAGAGGAAGUCCUCACAUUCAUUGCCUCAUAUGGGUUAAAGAUGCCCCUGUAUUUGAGGAAGCCUCAGAAGGAGCCAUCUGCGAUUUUGUGUCCCGCUACAUCUCGGCUCAGCUGCCGGACCCAGAAAAGGAACCCGAGUUGUAUAAAAAAGUCACAGAAGUUCAGAUGCACAGCAAAGGUCACACCAAAACGUGCGUCAAACACCAAGGUGCAAACUGCCGAUUUGGUUUUCCCAGACCACCGUGCGAAACCACAAUGAUCAUCACACCUGUAGCCUGUGAAAAUCAAGAUCAACACAAGGAGAAGCAGGUGGUGGCAAAUGACAAGCUUGUUCGUGUGCAGCGUUUGCUGAAUGAACCCGAAACCUCAUCCCUGACUUUGCCGCAGCUUUUGGCUAAAUGCGAGCUCACUGACGCCGAGUACGUGGAAUGUUUGUACAUGACCGCCUCAAAGAGUUCUGUUGUGCUCAAGCGAGAUCCAAAAGACUGCUGGGUGAACAACUACAACCGCCAUUUGCUUCUUGCCUGGGAUGCCAACUUGGACAUCCAGUACAUUCUGAAUGCCUUUUCGUGCAUCUCGUACAUCUGCAGCUACAUCAGCAAAGCUGAACACGGUCUGAGUCAAUACCUGAAGUCUGUUAUUGAAAACUCACGCAAUGA